AUGUCUGGGACUCGUAAGGAGACAUGUAAGUGGCUAAUGGAGGCUUUUGAAGUGGGGAACUACAAGCGGACGGUGAAGCGCAUCGAUGACGGACACCGCCUGUGCAACGACCUGAUGAACUGCGUGCAGGAGCGCGCCAAGAUCGAGAAGGCGUACGCGCAGCAGCUCACCGACUGGGCCAAGCGCUGGCGCCAGCUCAUCGAGAAAGGCCCACAGUAUGGCAGCCUGGAGCGGGCCUGGGGUGCCAUCAUGACGGAGGCGGACAAGGUGAGCGAACUGCACCAGGAAGUGAAGAACAACCUGCUGAACGAGGACCUGGAGAAGGUCAAGAACUGGCAGAAGGAUGCCUAUCACAAGCAGAUCAUGGGCGGCUUCAAGGAGACCAAGGAGGCUGAGGACGGCUUCCGCAAGGCCCAGAAGCCCUGGGCCAAGAAGAUGAAGGAGCUGGAGGCAGCAAAGAAGGCUUACCAUCUGGCCUGCAAAGAGGAGAAGCUGGCCAUGACCCGGGAGAUGAAUAGCAAGACGGAGCAGUCGGUCACGCCCGAGCAGCAGAAGAAGCUGCAGGACAAAGUGGACAAGUGCAAGCAGGAUGUACAGAAGAUGCAGGAGAAGUAUGAGAAGGUGCUGGACGACGUGGGCAAGACCACACCCCAGUACAUGGAGAGCAUGGAGCAGGUGUUUGAACAGUGCCAGCAGUUUGAGGAAAAGCGGCUGGUCUUCCUCAAGGAGGUGCUGCUGGACAUCAAACGUCACCUCAACCUUGCCGAGAAUAGCAGCUAUGUCCACGUGUACCGGGAGCUGGAGCAGGCUAUUCGGGGGGCUGACGCCCAGGAUGACCUCAGAUGGUUCCGCAGCACCAGCGGCCCCGGCAUGCCCAUGAACUGGCCCCAGUUUGAGGAGUGGAACCCAGACCUCCCUCACACCGCCACCAAGAAAGAAAAGCAGCCCAAGAAGGCAGAGGGGGUGACGCUGACCAAUGCCACUGGAGUGGUGGAGUCCACAUCCCAGGCUGGGGACCGUGGCAGCGUUAGCAGCUACGACAGGGGCCAGCCUUAUGCAACCGAAUGGUCGGACGACGAGAGCGGGAACCCAUUUGGGGGCAGUGAGGCCAAUGGGGGCUCCAACCCCUUCGAGGACGACGCCAAGGGAGUGCGUGUGCGGGCGCUCUAUGACUACGACGGCCAGGAGCAGGACGAGCUCAGCUUCAAGGCUGAUCCACCUCCAGUGACAAGCCCCUGGUUUUAG